GGACCGACAAAAGACAGCCAGACAGGAGAUAUACAUAUUACAUAUGCAUUUGCAUAUGUAAACUGAUCGGUAUAUAAGUAAUAUUGUGUGGUGAUGAUUUGAUAUUUUAAUCUUAUUAAUAUAAAAAUGAUUCUUCUUUAGUAUCUGUUAUAAAAUUCGAGAAAGAAUCCGUAAAAUUACAGAAUCACUGAUGCGCUGUCGCUUGUAUUGUCAGUGAGAGCGAACGGAAAGCGGGGCCUUAAUAUUGUUUACUAUCGAAUUUUUCGACAAGAAUUAAGAUGAACACUCUCACCCCGAAAGUGAAACAGUGCGUUUAUGACGCUAGAAUAGCGUGGAAAGCAUUGAAUGGAGUACUCGCUGUUUACAAACCACCAAUGGUCACGUAUUUUAAUGCACGGGAUACCAUAAUUUUUCGUAUCUGUGAAGAUUUGAACCGUAUGCAUGUUCGUCCACCGAUCACACACGUGUGCAUAAAAGGUGAUACAACCAAGAAGAUGAAGGUAAUUACACAUCCGAGCUACGCGGAUCACCCACUGGUCGUGGGUCCACGAUAUCAGCCUAAAGAUAUCAAAUUGAUAUGCGCUAAUUAUCUGAGUAAAGACAUGUCCGGACUCAUGGUCUGUGGUAUUAAUGAUGGUACCAAGUGGGCUCACAAACUGAAGAAUUCCAAGUCUCCGACUAGUUACAGAGUUAAAGGCCUCUUGGGACAGGCAACAGACACAUAUUUUAUAACCGGAAAAAUCGUCGAGAAAGCUACAUACAAGUCUAUUAAGCGCAGUAUAAUUGAUAAAGUAUGCGCUUCCAUGCAGGCCGCUCAUCAAAAAAAGAUGUUUGAAUUAUGUGGAUUAGAUAUACAAAGCCAAUCCGCAUACGAGUUGGCUGUACAAGGUCCAGUGAGACCUGGUGACAAAAAUAUUCCAAUGAUAUAUAACAUAAAAUGUAUAGACUUUACAUCUCCUGAAUUCACAUUAGAAAUUGUUUGCAUAAAUGAGAAUGAUAUGUAUUUGAAAACUUUGGUUCACGAACUGGGAAUGCAGCUCCAUAGUGUCGCUACGUGCACUCAAAUACAAUGUUUCCGGUAUGCGUUAUUUGAUCUGAAUCUUGCCAUAUUGAAGAAACAUUGGGAGUUGGGAAAUUUUUGUGAUAAUAUUGAAAAGUGUAACACUAUAAUUAAUGAAAAUAUGUAUUUAUUGGACCAAGACAGUCCAAUAUUGACACAACGAGAUAAAUAAUUGAAAUCUGUUCUGAACUGUAACUAAAUGUACAUAAAAGUAGGCCAGAUAUCAAUUGCUAGCAAAAAAGAAGACUUGUAUAAGAUUUAUACAUAUGUUCUUCGUUCUAUGUCAGAAUGAUCUGGAUCUGCGCAUUUUAAUAGAAUGGAAAUAAAAUAGAAAUAGUUUAAAUUUUAAAUUGUCAUAUCAGUAACAUACACGCAUACUAAUACAAGUGCAUUUUUUCAAUUCUGCUUACAUCACAUGAUAUUAGCAUUAAUAUCGAUGUUUUUCAUAUUGUUUGUUUGGUACAUGAAAAGAAUUUGAAGGAUGAAAAUCAAGAUUAUUCUGUCAUGGAACAAAAAAUACAAAUACUAGAAAAUAUACAUGUGAAGCUGUAAAAAUA